AUGGCCAGCAGCAGUAGCAGUCUGGAUGUGACCAAGCAGUUUCUGGAAACCAGAAAGGUCUACCAGACAAAGGAGUAUGAGGCGGUGCAGGCAAUUUUCUGGAACACUCAGCGCAAGCGUUCGGCUCCAACACCUGUUACCAGUGGCCUGACCACACCGCCAACAGAAGGAACCCCAGACGUGGAGAUGGAGCCUGCAACAGCCUCACCAGGUCUUCUGCAACCGUUCUCCCUCCAAGACCACACCGCACUUUCUGCAACGUUGGGGUCCAUGGGAGUGAACAUCAACCAGCCGCAGGAGAUAGAGAACUGGUUGAACGCUGCGCCAACUACAAACAGGGAGAUCUUCAACAUGGUCCGUUCGUAUCACGAGCAGGUGAUACGCCCCGAGUACUACAGCCUAGUGUGCCAGCUGGAGACAGGCCUGAAGUCAAUUUCUGACAGCGUGUUCAAGGUUCGUCAGGAACUGGCGUGGAUGAGCAGCGAAAACCGGCUUAUGCAGAAGCAUGCGUGUGGACUCCAAGUGCUGACGACGGGUUGGCCCCCAGCACUCAAACCGAAGGAGCGCGAGUGCACGAUUUGCUGGAUGUUGUCCCAGGUCAAGGACAUCGUCGCGUUGACCAUUUUAUGGAAAACCUUGACAUUGCUCGAGCUGCAAGCCGAUGCUGAGUUUAAGUCCGACAUCAAAGCAUGGGCGCGCCUUUUUUACAGCAAUGUCGAUGGCAACUUUAGAGGUCGCCUUGAAGUUGUGGAGGAUUUGAAGCGCAUUGUUAUGUCCCCACCUUCUGAGCAGGGUUCUCCAGAGGAUACCCUGUGGGCGGAGCAGUGGAACGUUCUUAUGUGGGGUCCACAGCAUGAGCUGGACCGCGCAGAAGAGACGCUGUGCAAGACUGCCAAAGCGGCAGCAAUGGUUUCAGGAAAGGGGCUGAACCACGGAAAGGGUGGACGUCACUGGUCACAAGUGGCCAUUUACAGCAGUGACUAUGCCCCGUACCCUUUUGAGUUGGAUUUCCUCACUGUAGAUGGAGUGCACUUUGUUUGGGGUGAGAUGUGUGAUAAAUUUCAAAAGGAGGAAGAGAAGGUGGGCAGCUACCAGCUUGCCACCAUCCAGGGUCAGGGGUGA